GAUGAUGUUGGAAAGAUAAUUCUUGUUUACAUGGGUAUGUUCUUUCUUCCCAGAGUGCUUUGUCCUUGGUUCGAUUCCUCCUCCAUGAAGAUGUCCCAGUCUUCCUCUACAGAUGAAGGAACCACGUUUGAACACCUCUGGAGUACUCUGGAGCCAGACAGCACAUAUUUUGAUCUCCCCCAGUCCAGUCAAGGGGGCAGUGAAGUAGUGGCUGGCGGGACUGUGGUCAGCAUGGACGACUUCCAUAUGCAGAGCAUGAAUGAGUCUGUCAUGUCCCAGUUUAAUCUGCUCACCAACACCAUGGAUCAGAACAGCAGCAGCCGAGCGGCCUCUACCAGUCCCUACAACCCAGAGCACUCUGCCAGCGUCCCGACACACUCUCCCUACUCCCAGCCCAGCUCGACGUUUGACACCAUGUCCCCCGCGCCUGUCAUUCCUUCCAACACGGACUACCCCGGCCCCCAUCACUUUGAGGUCACUUUCCAGCAGUCCAGCACCGCCAAAUCGGCCACUUGGACAUACUCGCCACUGCUGAAGAAACUCUACUGCCAGAUCGCCAAGACGUGCCCCAUCCAGAUCAAGGUGUCGACGCCCCCUCCACCUGGCACCGUCAUCCGGGCAAUGCCCGUCUACAAGAAAGCAGAGCACGUGACCGAAGUGGUGAAGCGCUGUCCCAACCACGAGCUGGGCAGAGACUUCAAUGAAGGACAGUCAGCCCCGGCGAGCCACCUCAUCCGGGUGGAAGGCAGCAACCUCUCUCAGUAUGUGGACGAUCCCGUCACCGGGCGACAGAGUGUGAUGGUGCCAUAUGAGCCACCUCAGGUGGGGACGGAAUUUACCACCAUCCUGUACAACUUCAUGUGCAACAGCAGCUGUGUGGGAGGCAUGAACCGGAGGCCCAUUCUCAUCAUCAUCACCUUGGAGACUAGAGAUGGGCAGGUUCUGGGCCGGAGAUCCUUCGAGGGGCGGAUCUGUGCCUGUCCUGGCAGAGACCGAAAAGCAGACGAAGAUCAUUACCGGGAACAGCAGGCUCUGAACGAGAACGCAGCCAAGAAUGGUAACGCUACCAAGCGCACAUUCAAGCAAAGCCCACCUGCCAUCCCUGCCCUGGUGGCCAAUGUGAAAAAGAGGAGACAUGGGGAUGAGGAGAUUUACUACAUGCCCGUGCGUGGCCGAGAGAACUUUGAAAUACUGAUGAAAAUCAAGGAGAGCCUGGAACUCAUGGAGCUGGUACCUCAGCAACUGGUCGAUUCCUAUCGGCAGCAGCAGCAGCAGCUCCUCCAAAGGCCGAGUCACUUCCAGUCUCCUUCUUAUGGUCCGGUCCUCUCGCCAAUGAACAAAGUCCACGGGGGGAUCAACAAACUGCCUUCGGUCAACCAGCUUGUGGGGCAGCCUCAGCAACAUAGCUCUGCUGGAGGGCCCAACCUGGGGCCCAUGGGUCCUGGAAUGCUGAACAGCCACAAUCACCCCAUGCAGUCCAAUGGUGAAAUGAAUGGUGGCCACACCUCUCAGUCCAUGGUCUCAGGGUCACACUGCACCCCUCCUCCCCCGUACAAUGCUGACCCCAGCCUCGUCAGUUUUUUAACAGGACUGGGGUGUCCAAACUGCAUCGAGUAUUUCACAUCCCAAGGGCUGCAGAACAUUUACCACCUGCAGAAUCUAACUAUAGAGGAUCUUGGGGCCCUGAAGAUUCCUGAUCAAUACAGAAUGACCAUCUGGAGGGGUCUUCAGGAGCUGAAGCAGAGCCAUGACUAUGGGGCCCAGCAGCUUAUCCGCUCUAGUAGUAAUGCUUCGACCAUCUCCAUUGGGAGCUCAGGAGAACUUCAGCGCCAGCGCGUGAUGGAGGCUGUGCAUUUCCGAGUCCGCCAUACAAUCACCAUCCCCAACCGCAGUGGGGCGGACGAAUGGGCAGACUUUGGCUUCGACCUCCCAGAUUGCAAAUCCCGCAAACAGUCCAUUAAGGAGGAGUUUACAGAUGGCGAGAUCAAUUGAGAAUGAGGAAGGGAAGGCUGGGAGAAAUCCAGGAGGGGAUUGUGAGGUUCCCCCCAAACCAGACUGUCUUCCAAAGGAAAAACUCAAAAAAAAAAAAAGGAAAAAAAAACUCCAGGUAUGGGAGAUGGUGAAGAGUUUACAGCCUUAAAACCCCUGGCGAAGGUUUGGCUUUUUUUCCUUGCAUUUUAUGUACCCAAGACUGGAGUUUUGAGCUCUAAGCAGUUCAGGGCCAGUGAGGGUGGUCUGUCUAUCUGUUGGGCCCCUCUUCCAGGAAAACAUUUCUGAUGUCCUUCACUUUGGGAGAGGUGCGAGGGAAAGUAUGGAAGUUCCUCUAAGUAGCCCCAUUCAGGAUAGGCAGCCUGAAUAUUGUAGAUAUUUUGUAGUCCUUCCCGGACUUAUUUUGUGCAUCCGAGUAAUUAUACAGUCCACAUGACGUUUCAUGGCAAGAUUGAUCAUUUUAAAAUGAGGGACAGCAUCUUUCCUUGUCCUCCCCCCUCCUUCCUUCCACUCAGAAAUAUCUGAAUGGAGAAGACCAGUGUCAUCAUGAAAACCUUUUUCCCUGUCAGCUUCUGUAGGGAUUCUGCCAGGUUUCUGACCCUAGGUAACAAAGGGAAUCUGCCUUCCUGAUGGACUGCCAAAAAAAAAAAAGAAAAAAAAAGUAUUUUUCAACUUCCUUGAGUUAUCCACAAAGAAACUUGAUUAUGUCAUUGUAUUUCAAAUGCUGUCUGUGUACAUGUGAGCUCACCCCUGCAUCUGCUCUAAAAAGGAAAUAAUUGCUCUUUUCAAGCCCAUUUUCAAAGUGGCUGAUUCAUGCCAUCCUAAUGAGACGUAAUGAAAGUUACUUUCUAAGCUAGUUUGAGGGUAAACAAGAUCCAUCCAGAAGCUGUCAGUUUGAUCAAGAAUCAUUUAAUCUUUUUAGAAUUUGCUCCUUUCCUCUUAUAUUCUGGCUUCCUUCUUUUCUAUUCUCCCUCCCCCCAAGAUAUUGUUUCUAUUUGGAAUCUGAAUUCAGUGGGGAAAGAUGGAUUGCUGAAGUACUCGGUCUUUUCUGGGAAACUGACCACCAUUUUGGAAAUGCUGUGGCCCCAAACUUUGACACUCAGGUGACCCCUGCUCAGCACAAAGGCGGACAGUGUAUUUCUCACACUAUUGGUAUUUGAUAAAGUGAAACAUUUUUCUACAUUAAAGUUCAGGAUUUGUUUGUUUCUUCAAUGUUUCAUUCUCAACAUGUGGAGACGGCCUCGUGCCCAGCUUUUCAGCACAUUUUCAGCCAACAAAAUGAGCUGAAGAAAGAUUGAGAGCAAAAUCUUUUUACUAGCUUUUUAUUUUCAAAAUACAUGCAAAGAUAGUUUUCAACAUUUGACCUUGCAAAACCUUGUAUUCCAAAUUUUUCUCCCUCCAUUCCCCCCACCCUUCCUCUAGACAGCAAAUAAUUCAAUAUAUACAUAUUUCCACAUUUAUCAUGCUGCACAAGAAAAAUUAGAUCAAAAAAGGAAAAAAAAUGAGAAAGAAAAAAAAGCAAACAACAAAAAAGUUGAAAAUCCUAUGUUGUGCUCCACAUUCAGUCCCCACAAUGUUUUUUCUGGGUGCAGUUGGCUCUUUCCAUCACAAGUCUAUUGGAAAUGGCCUGAAUCACCUCACUGUUGAAAAGAGCCAUGUCCUUGAUGAUAAAAUCCAUUUAAACAUACCACCAAUUUAUAGGGUCUUUCGGAAGAUCUGAACAUACAGUCUUGAUUCCAAGUAUCACAAGUCAUUUGUAGGAAACGCAAUUACAUGUUUGCAACUUAGGGGUCCAGUUUGAGCUUUCUUUUCCAUAUAUGACCCUGAAUAAAUAACUUAACUUCUCAAUGCUCUUGGCAAUUCUCUAAAAUUAUAAAUUGGAAAAAAAAAAGUUGCCAAUCUGCAUUGCGGGAGGAAAUAUCCUCAUCUGGGAGUUCUCCUUACCAACGAACUCACUGGCCUGUUUUCUAUCCCUAUUUUCUUCUGUGGGAAUAGCUUUACUGUAUCAUCUGUUGCCAUUUGACUUGGUAUGUGGAAGAAAAGUUGGGAUGGGACGUGUGUGGAAAGAUGGCAUCCAAAAUCAGAGAAGAAACAAAAGUUAGAUGUGAUAUUCCAAGGGAUAUUUUACACUCACCAAGGUACUGAUCCAAAUAUUCAGACCCAAGAAGUCUUCCCAGGACAAUUCAUUCUGUCUGUAGUAAACACUUAUUAGAGCUCUAAGUUGUGUGAAUAACAAACUGUUCCUUCGAAGUGCAACAUUCUAUCCGGGAGGAAAAACAACCUGUUUGCAGAAAAGUAACGAUUCCGAUAGUCUAAUUCCUAGCUUAACCAGUUUUUUGCUAAGCAGUUUUAAAAAAAAUUCUUGUCCUUUUUCUGAUCAUGCAGUCCUUGGGCAGUGUAGUGAAACUAUGGACCCCUUCCUCAGAUUUGUGUUUUUAAUUGCAUAUAAUAAAAUCCAUAAGAUUACAAAGAAAAUAUGUGAAAUAAAAGUUAUUGAAAGAUUUUUAAAAGCACAAAUCCACAGAGGCCAAGUUAAGAAUUUUGGGACAAAGUUUAGCUGACUAAAUGGAUCAUCUGAAUUUCAGAAAAUUCGUCAGACUGAUUUCUUAAAACAGAUUUUUCUCCCAGUGGCUCCAUAUGUAUGGGAAAGGCAGAAGCAGGGUUUAAUUAGAGCUCCUGAUAGUGUAUUUGGGCUUGAUCAAAUUAUUAGAGGCUAGGGUGAGAGGAAAAAGUCCCAUAAGAAAGGCCAAGUUCAAGCAAAACACACAGUUCCAUCCAAUGAAAAGUCUUAGCAAAUUUGCUUUCCUGGCCCUUGAAUUCAGAUAAUUCAAAAAAUCAAAACGAGGCUGCUCCUUCAUCACCAGAGGCAGCCCUUGUGUCCGAGUGUCAAACCACAGUACAAAACAAACUCUUCCAUGAGCUCAAACCAACAUUUUCCUCAAAAUCUACAUUUUGGCUCUGUAAUUCCAAAGGCUAUCUAUCACGUUUAGAUACUUGUUAAAUAAAACAAUGAACGAAGAGGGGGGAAAAAUCUUGGGGACCCAGAAAAAAGGGAGAAAUAAACACCCUGUUCUGGACAUAAGGCAGAAAGAAUGAGGUUAGUUUGCUUUAGAAAAGGAGAUAGUAAAAGCUGAAAUUCUCCAUAGUUCACCACGGCUCCUCAAAUAGAAGAGGUAAGGAGCAUUUAUUAAUUGUUUACUACGUACCAGGCACUGUCUUGGUCUAGGCACUAGCUCCAAGUCCAUUCCUUAAGAGUCUCAGUAGGUACUAUAGUUCACUGAUCUCUGAUUAUAAAAGCUUCCCCUAAAGCCACUGAGUCAUCUUUACUUUCAGUAAGAAACAGUCCUGAAUUGGGCAUAUGUGGUGGUCUUAACAUAGAUCACAUGAUCUUCCUCUCCUGAGAAAAAGGUCAUUUCGAUGCGAUUUUCCUAUCAGGUACCCAGUGAUGUCACCUUUAGGAACUGAACCAGAACCAGCCAUGGGUACUUCUGUAGUCUGGGGGAUUAGAACUCUCCAGUGUUUUGGAUACACAGACACACGCUUCUAUGUUAGUAGCAAAUUAAAGCACUUUAAAUGCUUUAAGAUUAAAAAAAAAAAAAGUUCAUGUUUUCAAUGUUAUAUAAUGCUUCUUCAAACAGUAUUACUGGGAUUUAUUCCAACAAUAUUGUUAACUUUUUUUGGGUAAUGUUAUCUUGGGAAAAUGUGUUAUUUUUUUAGCUGUGUUUUUGUGGGUUUGUAACAAUAAAGCACAUGUUGAAAUGGAAA